AUGCCAUCGCCAUCCAUCGAUAUCCAUCCAGGCCAUCCAACAAGCAACGUGCAGCGUUCGUCAGCAACGCUGAUAGACGCAUCAUCUUAUUCUCGCGAUAUUGAGGUUGCCACACAGAUCUGCACGUUCUUUGGACAUUGUGACCCCAAGGAUCGUCCUUUUGACGCCCCCGACAGUACUCGUUCACCCUGCCGUCCGGUGCCAUACAAUACUUCGAGACGACUCGAUCACGCUCGACACGGCAUGAGUGGGUCGUUGCCUUCUGAGAGCUCAUCCGAGUCGAUCUACAAUCGAGGACAAGGUGAUUGCUUGCAAGAAUUCAUCAAGACCAAGCUGAAGGAACUGGGUAGUACCGAUGAUCGAGAAAUGAUAAAGAAUUUGAAGUCGAUCGAGAUGUAUAUCUCGAUGAUGCUCCAACUUGAUUGGCAAGAAAGUUGGAAGGAGUCGUACGCGAGUGAGCUCCUCGAGCUAUACUUCAAGCAACUAAGGAAACCAAUCAUGGGCCUGUUCUCGCAAGAAUAUUUCAAGAAGCAUCGCGAAGAAUUCCCGGAGAUCCAUAAACUUCUUCUUCCGGUAUCGAUGGAUGAGCUAGACUUCGACGCGAUCGCUACAGCACAGCCAGAACGACCCAGCAGCUGGACUGGACUGUUCUUAUUGAUUAGGAAGUAUGGCAGCAAAAGACAGAGACUCAGGGCAGUGCAGGAAAAGGUCCUAGAAGAUCUAGGACAAGAAUAUGUUGGUCAUGGUGUUGAACAUCUCCAUGCCCAUAUACGGAAUCUUGACUGCUCUGGGUCCUCAAGCGUCUACGCAAACGUGCUACCUUUCAUUCAGUCCUCUGGUUCCGGCAAAACGAGGAGUGUACUGGAGCUAUGUAAGCGCGAAAUUGGCGUAUACACAUGUAUACGCGAGAGCAGUGAGACCGAUGAUAUAAACCAGGCGGUCUCUGCUCCAGCCCAGGACUCGUCUGUCUUUGAGGUCCUCGCUGCCGGAAGGUCGUUCCAGCCUGAAACCCUCACAGCACAGCACGAAAGCAUCGCGAGGGUGGCUACCUGGCUCAAAGCGCUGGUAGAGACGCUCUACGAUCUUUGUCUGGAGCAGUUCGAGCAGGCGGGCCCGAACUUUGAUCUACCCGGAAUCAUCGACACGAAGCUGAAUAGCGGCCUAUUCGAGCGAGUUGAUACGGCUGGCAUAGAGUCACAGAACCUUAGGAAAGAUUUCUUCACCAAAAUCAAGAACCGUGCUUCGCAAUACAGAGAAGCAGAAAAGGACAGAGCUGUAUCCACUCCACUUGAAGCAUCUUGGGCUGCGUUUCUAGACGAAAGUUUUCAUAAGAUGCAAACGAUCUUAGACCGCUGGGAUUCGAUGACUGCGGGGACCGCCCCUUCGACGAAGGCAGCCAAGAAGGGGAAGACCAAGCCGAUUUCGAGGCGGACGCCUGGAACUUUCAUUUUCCUCGCCAUAGAUGAAGCAUCUUCGAUGGGUCAUGAACGUAUAGUUCAUCUCCGUCGCCUCAUGAAUCAUUUGCGAAAGGGACCCUCCUUCUGGAUUAUCUUGCUUGAUACAAACAAUAACAUCAGCGAAUUGGCCGGUGCCAAGGCAAAGAAAGCGUCGCCACGUCUGGUUGACGGCGUAAAGCCCCUCCUACAGCCUUUUACAACAACUCCGCAUGAUGUCUUUCUUACAGAGGAGGACUACGGAUCCGUGCUGAAUGGCGUGAAGCCAGCGAGCUACGAGGAUCUGCUAUCCUAUCUUUUCCAGAUGGGUCGACCGGUCUGGAACGAUUCGCAUCUUCAGUCGAUUCGUGGGGAAUCCUCAGCUACACAGAUCGCAGGGCGCGAUCUCUCUUUCAUCUAUCGCAAGCUGUCGAUCGACGAGAAUCCAUCAGGAAUGAGACACAGUGGUAUCAUUGCCGCUGUGGCUCAACGACUACCUCUUAGGUUUACGGGAUAUCAGGGUCCGAAAACCGAGAUCAAUUUUCUCGAGGGCCAGGUCGCUUUUCACUUACGUACCGUCCUGUCAGUGACCGAGGACCGUAUCGUGACGGCUAGCAAAUCGGAACCGAUCCUGAGUCUAAGCGUUGCGGAUUGCGUGCGGAAGGACAGUCCACAUGAAUGGUGGUCAAAAGCGAUCCAAGCCAUCUCCAAUCUCGUCGAUUCGAAGACGCUGCAUCCUGGUGACACUGCCGAAGAGUGUUUCCAAAUUCUCCUCACUCUUUCGAUGGAUGUAGCGCUUAGGAGGGGGUCUUCACUGAAACGGACGCCGCGUGGGCUUGGGACAUUGCCUCAACACCUCAUGCCCAUCAACGCCUUGAUCUUCCUGCGCCAAUUGUUUGGCUCUCGCCAGCUUUCAAAGGAUGUGGUCGCUUGGGCUGAAUGCCACUGGAUCAACUUCACGCAUUUUCUCCCACCGCUUGGUAAUCAAGUCACCGCGGAAUCAUCGCCGGCUUCCAAACUGCUACUGAUGGAAGCCUUCACGCGCCAAGCAGCAGUGAUUGGCAUAGUUACACAGCCAUCCUGGGAUCUGCUGGUUCCCGCUUAUCGGAGCAAAGACUUCGAAUUAUCUGCAACCAUCAAUCCGGAUACUUUCGACGCUAUGGUGUUUCAGGUCAAAGACAGGAAGGGAUACAGACCUAAACAGAAAGACUGGAUCCGAGAUCACAACGACGGCGUAAAGGCGAAGAUACCAGAUCAUGAUCUCAACAUCUUUGUUAGCCUCACGGCAGCCCGACCGGAAUUCCAAAGUCCUGAUAGAGCUCCUCACGGCGCUAAAGGUGGCAGCAAACCUCUUGCCAUCUUCAUCAAUGAACAUGGUCCUGAGCAAUAUCCGUCCCUGUCCACCCUCACAAAGGAAGGCCAGAAAUCGUUUGCAAAUCUAUUGCAGCGUAGUGUGCCGAUCUCGCUGCCUGGAGACCAAAAAACAGAGUGUUGGCUCAACCAUACUCAUUACCAGUGGAAGGAAAAGGCAGACGGAAGCGACAUUGACACAUAGACGGCUGAAGAUGACAUGCGCGCGCACCGAACCGACACAUCAAACCACACCGCCAUUGCCGAUACACAUGGACGACCGGACCGCCACCAGCGGUCGUUUUGCAAGUUCUCCUCUGCGAUCGAUAACCCCUAUCAAAGUCAAGGGCGGGGCGAUUCUAGCCUGACAUUCGAUCUACACGCUAAUAGCUGAUGAUAAAUUCCUUUUUGAGCCAUUGUAUAAUGGUAUACGACACAUGUCCCUCUGAUGAAAUACGUGGA